GCAGAUCCUGUUGGAGAUGGUACACUCAGGAAGAUGGCUUCUCCCACAGUGAUUCUGCUGCAUCUGCUGCUUAUGGUCUCAGCUGCAUCUGCAUGGUAUUCACACUAUUACAGGUUCUUAGGCGGAUCACUGACCUUCACCCCUAAAGGACUGAAUUCAGACGGGACUUAUAUGGUGGAACUUCGCAACAAGCAAACUACAUCCUACUGCAAUGUGAAUCCCUACUCGUGUUUCUAUGGUCACUGCGGGACCCCGACCCAGACGACCAACACAAUUGUUUCCAGGAAUUCCUAUCGUGUCGCUUGGUGCCAAUACCAGACGGUGACAAAAAUAAAACUCAAUGGCAACCUACCCUUUGGUAUUAGAUACCCCACUCAAAUCAAUAGAAGAAAUGGUCAAGGCUUCUGGGCAUCAACCUACGGCUCAAUGACUCCCUGGAGAAUGAUGGCACAUGUGGACCUGGGAACCCGAUCUGAUACUGGUAAAUCCAACAGAUCUCCCAUCACUACCAUGCAGCCUUUUCUCAGAGUAACCAGGAACUGCCCACGAUCAUUCAACUUGACCGUGUUUGACCCUGAGGGUGACCGUGUCAGAUGCAGAAUACCAACAAGCUCAAAUACAUUUGAGUGUGGACAGUGCAAUUCGGUCGGAGGUUUCUCUUUGGAUCAGAAUUCCUGCUCCCUAAAGUAUAAAUACAAUAAUCGCAAUGGAUACCAUUCGAUUGAGCUUGUGGUGGAGGACUUUCCCAACAAACCCAUUAAGCUGUCCUACUCUGAUGGAUCCUACACAGUAAAGAGCCCCUUUUCAGUGAGGCAUAAACGUCAGAGCCCAACCUCACCAACCACUACAACCACCGCUGCACCAACCACGACAACCACCGCUGCACCAACCACUACAACCACCGCUGCACCAACCACUACAACCACCGCUGCACCAACCACGACAACCACCGCUGCACCAACCACUACAAUCACCGCUGCACCAACCACUACAACCACCGCUGCACCAGCCACUACAACCACCGCUGCACCAACCACGACAACCACCGCUGCACCAACCACUACAACCACCGCUGCACCAACCACUACAACCACCGCUGCACCAACCACGACAACCACCGCUGCACCAACCACUACAACCACAGCUGCACCAACCACGACAACCACCGCUGCACCAACCACUACAACCACCGCUGCACCAACCACUACAACCACAUCGCCUUACCGAAGCACAAUUGCUCCUUUAAGCAAGCUUCCUCUGCAGUUUGCUGUUCAUGUGGACUCAUACGAUGCUCCUUCAUGCCUUUAUGGAGAUUACUUUCCCACUUUCUUGUCACCAACUCCGAAUAAUGGAGUGAAUCUGCCUGCCUUUGUCAACCACACCCUCAAAAUCAAAGUCAGAUCCAGAGCACAAUACACCACGAUUGUUGGCCUGGUUGUCACUGGACCAAAGGGCAUUUCAAAGCAUCAAAUCUCCACAGAAGAAUAUGUCAUAAAAUGGACACCAACAGAAAAUGAAUUGAAUGAUCAUUUUCCUAUUUGCUUUGUUUCGGAAGCAAGAGACAGAUACAAUCGAGUCUUUCAGUCAGAGCUACGCUGCGUGAUCGCUGAUGUUGGACACUAUGAGACCACUGUGACAUGCAAUGAAACAACAAUGACGGUGGAAGUGGAGAAGACCCACCUUAUCAGACGCAACAAGGACAUCUUGCAUCUGAACGACUUCAGGGAUGCUUCCUGCAGCCUGAAAACACACUCCAACAAUACCCACCUGGUGGCUGUCAUGUCACUGAACGAGUGCGGAACUAUCGUAGAGGAGGAUGCAGACCAUAUCAUCUUCAAGAAUGAGAUCUCAUCAGCUGACCCGAAUCAAGUAAUUUCCAGGCAUCAUGAUGUCGAGAUCGUCUUUUCCUGCGUCUAUCCAAAGCAUACCAACCUGACGCUGGGAUUCACGCACAAGAACCCGUACGCCUUCAAAGAGAAGGGCUUCGGCACUUUCAGCUUCCAGUUUGAAUUCUUCGAGAGCCAGCGGUUCAGAAGACAAAUUGAUGCCAGCACUUACCCAGUGGACGUGGACCUCAAACAGAAGAUGUUCAUGCAGAUCGAGGCGACCACAUCCAUCCCCAACAUAGAGCUGUUUGUGGAGUCCUGCAGGGCGACUCCGUAUGACGACCCCAACUCUCGCGUCAGCUACACCAUCAUUGAACAUGGGUGUGUGAGGGACAAGACGGUGCAAAUCUACAACAGCUCCAAGUCUCAAUUCAGAUUUGGAAUGGAGGCUUUUGAGUUCAUCGGUGCUCAUGAACAGGUGUACAUCACUUGCUCGGUCCUGCUGUGUGAGACUGGCGUUCACGGGACCAGAUGCUCUCAGGGAUGCAUCGAAUCCCACACAGGGAUCCGUCGCGGCAAAAGGGAAGCUUCGUCCGAGUCUUCUAGACACUCCAUUUCCCAGGGACCUUUGCACCUGGUUAAAACUUCUGACAGCCGAGCGUCUGGCCCGAGCCUGACUCUGGGCUUGAACCUCGUCUUCAUUGUUAGCGUCCUCCUGGUAUGCGGAGUGGUGAUCUACCGAUCGAGGAGGUCCAAAGCUGUUAAAUACCAAGUCCUGCCAACCUCGGAGACAAACUGAAGACAGAGACGCCACUUUGAGCCCCUCUGACGAUGAGAACGAUUCUCAGUUACUGUACCGUGUAACGUAACCCUUUAUAAUAACCAGCAUUAAUAAAUGGUAAAUUAAUAGUUAAUUAAAAUUUAGUUAAUAGUUACUUAACUGCUAACAAACAAUCAAAUGAUAAUUAAUGAUGUUUACUUAUGUUAUUUUAUCAUUAGUUUGUGUAAUAUGAAAUAAUUCGUUGAUAGAGAGACGAUGAUAAGAGAUGAUAACAUUACAUUCUGAUUACAUUAGUAAAUAUUUAUUGUUGCACACAUAUCAUUUUAUAUACUAUAUUAAGUAUUUGUUAAUAAUUACCAAAUUAUUU